AUUCGCUGCACUGCACUGCUCUCUAUCCCUCUCUCUUUCUCUGGACACGGCGGCGACGAGCAGCAGCACACGGCGGCCAUCUGCAGGCGCGAACUAGCCGGCGAGCGGCGGCACUACAGGGUCGGAGAGCGGCGGACGUGGUCAGGUAGUCACCAUGGUUUUCCUUCAGGCCGAGAUGUCUUGGAAUGUUCUGAUCCCUGCUGACCAGCUGAGCCCCGAGGGUCUGUUGCUCCGCAAGUCCAUCAUCGUGCGUCUUCUGGAGGACAUAACAAACAGGAAAGCCUCCAAGGACCAUGGCUACUACAUCGCUGUCAAUGAGCUGAAGGCGAUAUCUGAAGGGAAAGUUCGUGAGCUGACCGGAGAUGUUCUUUUCCCGGUCACAUUUACCUGCAUCACCGAGAAGCCCAUGAAGGGUGAGAUCUUAGUCGGCUCUGUGGAGAAGAUCCUGAAGCACGGUGUGUUCCUCAAAUCUGGACCUAUGGAGAACAUCUUUCUGUCAGAGAAGACGAUGAGUGAGUACAAGUACCUUGGCGGCGAGAGUCCGAUGUUCAGGAAGGACCACUCGAAGCUUGAAAAGGAUACCAUCGUGCGCUUCAAGGUCAUGGGCUUCCGGUGGAUGGAAGCAGAUCGCCAGUUCCAGCUCCUCGCAACGCUGGCUGGUGAUUUCCUCGGGCCGCUGUGAAGCGGAUGCUUCCACAGGCUUAGCAUGCCCCCUGCUGUAUAUUUUGUUAUCCAGGCCGAUGGAUGGAUGUGUCUGUAGG